AUGCCCCCGCGAUUAAACAUCCCGCCAGUCACACGAGCCCUGCUCGGCACUCUGCUCUUCCAGUCCGUCCUGAGCGCCGCGAUUAGGUAUCGCCAGUGGUCCGAGGAUACGGACAUUGUCAUUCCGUACCUGACGCUCAUUCCUCAGCUGUCCAUCACCUACCCGUGGACGUUUCUGACGGCUUCCCUGGUCGAGGGCAAUGUCUUCACGUUUGCCUUGGGCGCCGCGACGCUGUAUCACGGCGGCAGGUAUCUGGAGAGGGCUUGGUCGUCGGCGGACCUGGCCAAGUUUAUCGCCAUUGUCUCCUUGAUACCGAAUGUCCUGACGUUCUUUACAAUGGUCUUCUUCUUCACCUUGACGAGGAACCCUGACUGGAGUCUUACCGUCAUCGGCGGUACCAUCCCCUUCCAGAUCGCCUUCCUCGUCGCCUUCAGCCAGCUCAUCCCGGCGCAUACCGUCACGCUCUUCCGCGGCGUCAUCUCCCUCCGAGUCCCCAAGACCCCCCUCAUCUACAUCGGCAUCGUCACCGUGCUCUCAUUCACACCACUGCUGUCGCGGGCCGCUUUCUGGCUGGCCAACUACGGCUUCCUCACGAGCUGGACAUACCUGCGAUUCUUCAAGGUCGUGUUUCCCGACCUCGAUACGGCUCAGCCCGCGUCGCUGCGCGGCGACGCCAGUGAAACAUUUGCCUUUGCCGAGUUCUUCCCGGGUCCCGUCAAGCCGUUUGUGGCCGCCGUGUCAGAUCAGGUCUUCAACAUACUCGUCGCGAUUCGGCUUUGCAAGCCAUCGGGGCAGCGGGGCAUAACCAGUCGCCAUGAUAGCAUCGCGCAGAGAGGUGCGCCGGGGAGUGCCCGUGCCGAAGCAGAGAGAAGGAGAGCCAUUGCGCUGAAGGCGCUCGAUCAGAGGCUGAAUGCCGCAACCGCAGCUGCUCGACCCUCCGCGCCGACGCCGCCGCCAGCUUCUGCUCAGUCAAGCGGGCCAACCGUACAGACCCAGCCCCAGGCAGGUGCUCAGACGGCUAUGAAGUCUGAGCCAGGCCCGAUGCUUGGCGAGACCAAGUUUGAGCCCGAGGAAGAUGAUUCAUAG